AAACACACCAGCUACUCUCUCCAGCACCCAACUUUGGCUGUCAAUAAAGAACCAACCAUGUACAACAAUGAAGAGAUCCGGAUCGUGAUGGUGGGGAAGACCGGAGCUGGGAAGAGUGCAGCAGGAAACACCAUCCUGGGACACGAGUGCUUUGAAUCUGUUUUCUCCCCUGAAUCUGUGACCAAGCAGUGUGCUAAGGUGUAUGGUGAGCUGGAUGGACAGAAGGUUUCUGUCAUCGACACUCCAGGUCUGUUUGACACUGAUACUGAUGAAGAGACGACACGUAAAAAUAUCUCCCAGUGUAUGGCUUAUGCUUCUCCUGGACCACAUAUCUUUCUGAUUGUCAUCAAACUGAGCCAACUCACAGAAGAAGAAAAGAAGACGGUGGAGAAGAUUCAGAAAAUCUUUGGAAAGUCAGCAGACAAAUACAGCAUGGUUCUCUUUACCCAUGGUGACCGGCUCAGUGGGACUAUCGAGGAGUUCUUGAAGAAAAGCGAAGACCUGCAGAAGCUUGUGGCCAAAUAUAACGACCAGUACUACGUCUUUGAUAACAACCUCUCUGAUAGUUCUCAGAGCAGAGAGCUCCUCAACAAGAUCAGAAAUAUAACAGAAAAGAACACAGGAAACCAUUACACCACUGAGAUGUUUCAGGAGGCAGAGAGGGCGAUUGAAGAGGAGAAACAGAGAAUCCUGAAAGAGAAAGAAGAGGAAAUGUGCAAAUUCAAGGAGGAACUGGAGAGGAUAAUAAAAGAAAAACAUGAGAAAGAAUUAAAAGCAGCGAAGAAAGAGAUGGAAAAAGAACCAGCAGAAAAAAUGAAAGCACUGGAGGAAGAACAGGAAGAGAAGGCUAGAAGAGAGGCAGAGAAGAGCCCUUCAGUGCUCGCAAAGAUUGGUCGUGGACUUGCGGUGGUGGGGGCUGUGGUGGCGGUGGCGGCUGGGUUGGGUGGGUUGGUUGCGGGGGCUGUGGCGAUAUUUAAAAAAUAACUACAGCUCAUUGUAUCCGACCUGAUGUACAUUAUAAUGUCAGUGUUUGAAAAAAAGGACGAUUUUUAUUUUCAUCCACAAAAUGUCAUCAAAAAUAUAAAAGUUGUGAAAGUAUGUGAUGUUGAAAGAUCAGAGUUAUGCAAUUGAUGAAUUUGUUUUUACCCGAUGUGUUCUUUUCUUUUAUUAUCAUUUAAUCCAUUUAUCAUUUAACUCAUAUGUCAUAUAGUCAUAACUACUUUCUUUGCUUUUACAUAUCCUGUCAAUCAUGCCACGGCGCCUACGCACCUGUGAGGUCAGAACAAGUGUGCCAUGCUUUGAGCAAAACCACAUACAAACUCGUGGGUGUAUAACGCUUCUGUGAAUCUGCCUGGUUCACGGUCUUCAAGCUAAAACCACAUAUGAACUUGGUAUCACCUGCGGAUGUAUCACGCGUCUGCUAAUCUGCAUUGUUGAGGUUUUACAGAAUCUUGGAGAAAAGAGACAGUUUGGCUAUAAAAGUGCUGUGGAAAAGCUUUAGUUCUUCUAAAGGGCUCCACAUCACUCUGACUUUUAAAUCCCCGUUUUGGGACUUAGUCUCUGAGACCAAGAUCUUUUAAAACCUCAAGUGUCUACUCUCU